AAAACUGACACCACAACCCCUACCGAAACAUUUGACAAUGACCACGCUGACCUCCUCCGAUGGCGAUAAAUGACGGGCGUUUCGCGGAUUCUACAGAACUCGCACUUUCCGUUUCAGAUAUCUCAAAAAUUUCCCUCCUUUAGACCGGCUCGUUUGUGCCCUAGCUUUGCCUGAUAUUGUUUUGCACAGUGUUUCUUCAAUGAAUGAGGCUUAGAUAAGUCAUGGAGGAAAAACAUGAGGAAGUGGAAGAUGUCGAGGAUAUUUCUAGUGAUUCUUUUGCCGAUGAUUCAGAUGAUGGUGAACCAUCAACUUCUGGACAAGAUGAUGGUUUGCAUCUUGAGACACCUUUGACUGAAGAGGAAAUAGAAGAGUUAAUUGCUGACUUCUUGGAAGUUGAGAGUAAGGCUGCAGAGGCUCAGGAAUCUCUUGAAGAAGAGUCACUUGCUAAAUUGGAGAUUGAAGUCAGAGAAGAGCUGUCGCAAACUCUUCAUGGGGAUGAUCUGGAGACAGCUGUUGCAGAUGAAAUUACAACAUUCAGAGAAGAAUGGGAAGCUGUUCUUGAUGAGCUUGAGACUGAGAGCGCUCACUUGUUGGAACAACUUGAUGGUGCUGGUAUUGAACUGCCAAGCUUGUAUAAGUUGAUUGAAAGUCAAGUGCCUAAUGGUUGCUGCACCGAAGCUUGGAAGAAACGGACACAGUGGGUGGGAUCUAAAGUGACCAGUGAUAUUACUGAAUCGAUUGCAGAUGCUGAAAAGUAUCUCCAAACCCACAGGCCUGUUAGAAGACGACAUGGUAAGCUGUUGGAGGAGGGUGCUAGUGGAUUUCUGGCAAAAAAACUUCCUUCUGCAGACAGCAGUGAUACUGGGAGAGAAAUUUCAGAGGUGGAUUGGUGCUCUUUCAACAAAGUUUUUUCUGAUGGUUUAUCUGAGAAUGACACUUCAUUUGGCAGCAAGCACUGGGCAUCUGUUUACUUAGCCAGUACUCCACAGCAGGCUGCUGAGUUGGGGCUCAAAUUUCCUGGGGUCAAUGAGGUGGAGGAGAUUGAGGAUUUAGAUGGCAAUUCCAGUGAUCCAUUUGUUGCUGCUGCCAUAGCUAAUGAAAGAGAGCCAGAUCUUUCAGAAGAACAAAGGAGAAACUUUAGAAGGGUCAAGGAGGAAGAUGAUGCAAAUAUUCAUCGGAAGCUUCAUCUUCAUUUGAAACGGAGGAGACAUAGUAGUAAAAUUAAAAAGGAGCACGAAGUUUUCCCCACUGGGCAGACAAUGGAAGGCAAUUUAAAUGUUUCCACGCAGUUGGGUGACGACUCUGCCCGUGUCCCAGGUGACAAAACCUGUGAAGCUAAUGAUGGUUUGCAGAAAGAUAAGCAAGUGAAUCCUAAAGCUGAUGUUCUUGAAAAUGUUGAAACUUCUGAUCUUGAAGCACAAAAACCAUUGAGCAAUGGUACUGUCUCGGUAAACUGCGAGUCUGCUUUACCUGAUUUAAGUGAAUGCAGGGGGUUGAAGCGUUCAUGUGAUGGUGAUGACACAGGCGUUGAUAUUAAGAAGUGCAAGACUGUUUUAAUAGAUGGUGAGGAUGAAGCUCAUGGGGGGGAGAACAAUUCUGCUUCACCUGUAUGUAAUGUGACUAAAAUGGAGGAUCAAUUUUUGCAAGAAAAUGGAGGGGCUUAUGUCAGUGCUGAUAAUCUUUCUUCACGGUGUCCGAAUGAGGAAUUCCAUUGCACUGCUUGUAAUAAGGUGGUUGUUGAAGUGCACCAACAUCCACUUUUGAAAGUAAUUAUUUGCAAAGAUUGUAAAUGUCUAAUGGAAGCUAAAAUGUAUAUGAAGGAUCCCGAUUGCUCUGAGUGCUACUGUGGGUGGUGUGGAAGGAGCUCCGAUUUAAUUAGUUGUAAGUCGUGUAAAACAUUAUUCUGUGCAACUUGUAUAAAAAGGAAUGUUGGUGAAGAAUUUGUGUCAGGAGAACAGGCUGGUAGCUGGAAAUGUUGUUGCUGUUCUCCAAAUCUCUUGAAACAGUUGACAUUGGAAUUACAUAAAGCCCUGGGAUCUGGGGUGUUGGUUGUUUCCAGCUCGGACAGUGAGUCAGAUAAUUCAGAUGCCGAUAUCAAUGUUCCGAUCAGUUUUAAGAAAAGACGGAAAAAGAAAAUUCGUAGGAUCCUUGAUGAUACUGAGUUAGGUGAGGAGACCAAACGGAAAAUUGCAAUUGAAAAGGAACGUCAAGAACGUCUCAAGUCUUUGCAAGUACAGUUCUCUGCCAAGUCCAAGAUGAUGAGUACUACAAGCUGUAAUGGGAAUUUGUCAGAAGGUGCUAGUGUUGAAGUGCUGGGUGAUGCCUUAAGGGGUUAUAUAGUGAAUGUUGUGAGGGAGAAAGGUGAAGAAGCUGUGAGGAUUCCUCCCAGCAUCUCGGCUAAAUUGAAAGCUCAUCAGAUAUCAGGGAUACGAUUUAUAUGGGAAAAUAUCAUCCAGUCAAUUCGAAGAGUGAAGUCUGGUGAUAAGGGUCUUGGUUGUAUUUUAGCUCAUACAAUGGGCCUUGGUAAAACUUUUCAGGUCAUUGCAUUCCUGUAUACUGCUAUGAGAUGUGUUGAUCUUGGAUUAAGAACUGUACUUAUUGUCACACCUGUUAAUGUUCUACACAAUUGGAGGCAGGAGUUUAUCAAAUGGAGACCUUCUGAAUUCAAGCCUCUUCGGGUGUUCAUGCUGGAAGAUGUUCCAAGGGAGAGGAGAGUAGAACUGCUAGCAAAGUGGAGAGCUAAAGGUGGCGUCUUCUUGAUUGGAUAUGCUGCCUUUCGAAACUUAUCAUUGGGUAAGCAUGUAAAGGAUCGACACAUGGCUAGAGAAAUUUGCUGUGCCCUUCAGGAUGGACCUGAUAUACUGGUUUGUGAUGAGGCCCACAUGAUCAAGAACACCAGGGCUGAUACUACUCAAGCCUUGAAGCAAGUGAAGUGUCAGAGACGGAUUGCGUUAACUGGAUCGCCGUUGCAGAACAAUCUUAUGGAAUAUUAUUGUAUGGUUGAUUUUGUAAGAGAGGGAUUUCUUGGCAGCAGCCAUGAAUUUAGGAACCGCUUCCAGAAUCCCAUAGAAAAUGGUCAGCAUACAAAUUCAACGUCUGAGGAUGUAAAAAUCAUGAACCAGCGAUCUCACAUCCUCUAUGAACAAUUAAAAGGUUUUGUCCAAAGAAUGGACAUGAAUGUGGUGAAGAAGGACUUGCCACCCAAAACUGUCUUUGUAAUAGCUGUGAAGCUUUCUCCCUUGCAGAGAAAAUUAUAUAAGAGAUUUCUUGAAGUGCAUGGGUUCACGAACUAUAAGGUUUCCACUGAAAAGAUAAAAAAGAGAAGUUUCUUUGCGGGUUACCAGGCCUUAGCUCAGAUAUGGAACCAUCCUGGGAUCUUGCAAUUGACGAAAGACGACAAAAACUUUGUAAGACGUGAAGAUGCUGUGGAUAAUUUUCUUGUUGAAGACAGCUCCAGUGACGAUAACAUGGAUUACAGUACAGUUUCUGGAGAGAAGCUGAGGAGGAAGAAUGAAUUUUCGCAAAGAAGUGAUAAUGGCUUCUUUCAUGAGAACUGGUGGAAUGAUCUUCUUCAUGAAAAUAACUAUAAAGAGGUUGAUUACAGUGGUAAAAUGGUCUGUCUUCUUGACAUCCUAACCAUGUGUUCUGAUGUGGGAGAUAAAGUAUUGGUUUUUAGCCAGAGCAUACCAACUCUUGAUCUCAUAGAGUUUUAUCUGUCGAAGUUACCACGACGAAGCAAAAAUGGGAAGUGUUGGAAAAAAGGGAUGGACUGGUAUAGGCUAGAUGGAAGAACAGAGGGCUCUGAAAGGCAAAAGCUGGUUGAGAUGUUUAAUGAGCCGUCAAAUAAAAGAGUGAAAUGCACUCUGAUAUCAACUAAAGCUGGAUCUCUGGGGAUCAAUCUUCAUGCUGCUAACCGUGUGAUUAUUGUUGAUGGCUCUUGGAAUCCGACAUAUGAUCUUCAGGCUAUAUAUCGAGCUUGGAGGUAUGGCCAAAGAAAGCCAGUAUUUGCGUACCGCUUGUUGGCACAUGGAACAAUGGAAGAAAAAAUUUAUAAACGCCAGGUGACAAAGGAAGGCCUUGCUGCAAGGGUAGUCGAUAGACAGCAAGUGCAUAGGACGAUGUCUAAAGAAGAGAUUUUACAUCUGUUUGAUUUUGGUGAUGAUGAUAACUCUGAUACUAUACCUGAGCUGGGGCGAGAGAACAGACAUGCGAGUGCUCAAAUUAUGACUGGGCAGAAUGGAAAUUUUUUGAAGCAGAAAUUGCCUCAUGGAAGCUGCCCAUCUGACAAGUUAAUGGAAAGUUUACUUGGCAGUCACUAUCCACGGUGGAUUGCUAAUUACCACGAGCAUGAGACUCUCUUGCAAGAGAAUGAGGAGGAGAAGCUAUCGAAGGAAGAGCAGGACAUGGCUUGGGAGGUAUAUCGAAGAACUUUGGAGUGGGAGGAAGUGCAACGAGUCCCUCUCGAUGAUUUGACCUGUGAGCGUAAGCCUGCCAUGUCAAAUGCGGUCCCUGCAGCACCAGAAAGCUGCAGAUUCCGACAAUCUGAAGGUGCCAUGAGGAAUCGUCCACCGCUGCGGAAAUGCACUAACCUUUCACACAUGUUGACUCUUAGGAGUCAGGGAACAAAAUUUGGUUGCAGUACCAUUUGUGGUGGGUGUGCCCAGGAGAUCAGUUGGGAGGACCUCAACAGGGACAGUAGCUCGGCGAAGUGAGAAACAGCAGGCUACAUUUUGUUUGUAUGCAUCUUUUUGUUAUUGUUUUUUCUUUUCUUUUUUAUUUAUUUUAUUUUUCUUUGUUUUGCUUCCUGUUUUGUAAAUGUCAGGUAAUGAGUUCAAAUUCCUUCUGGACACUCCACACAUUCUUUUUUGGUAGUCAUGUAACCUGCCUAAAUAACGGCUGGUGUUAAAAACCCCUGUAAAUGUAACUUCACUGUGCUAUAUUGAAAAUAUAUGGUAUAUACAAAA